UUCGUUCCACUGCAGUGUUGUCACCCCGGCCUGUGACCGGUAUGGGGUUGAGGAAGCAUCAUUAUGUCACUGUUCUCCUAGCCAUUGCUUGUCUUGUCAACUUCGUCACCUCUGGCAGUGUGUCCGUCUGCUUCACGAAUUGUGGCCAAUGCAAGCAGAUGUUCGGUAACUACUUCCACGGCCAAGCAUGUGCAGAGUUCUGCCUGGCGACCAACGGUUUCGUCUACCCUGACUGCAACAACCCUGUGACUGUCAAGAACUUCCUCAAAAGACUUCACUAGUCUUCCUUAUCAAUUAUCCUAUAAAUGUAAAAAAAAACUUCCUCGAAACAUUUUACUACCAAGAGACCACUAACAAAACCUAUCACUUGAAAAAAGCGUCCUCAAAAGAUUGCACAAUUUCCCUCGUCAAUUAUUAUAUGACUGAUAUGGGGAAUUUUUCAAGAAACUGUAAAACUCGAGACUUCACUGUAUACAAAUAAGUUUGUCACAAACGUGCACUCGCCAAUCUUACCAACCAUAGUAACAGCUGAAAAAUAAUAACCUUGAAGGGACUGAACCAGUUUUCCUCAUCAACUAUCCUAUUACUAUCACCUUUCACUUACAAAAGAAAAACUGCACUAAUCCCUAUCACCAUUAGCUUUGAAUAGUUUUAGUCUUCA